CAGAUAUUGGAGUUUUUCUUUAUAAAACUCGCACUUUUCUGGCUUCAGAUAGAGGUCGUUGUCGCGCAAGAUCUGGAAAACUUGGUUCAGGAUCUGGAUGUGUUCCGCCAUGUUUUUGGAAAAGAUGAGGAUGUCGUCCAUAUAUACGGUUAUUUUCCAGGCCGUGAUGAGUUCUCUGAAGAUCAUGUUCAUCAUGGCCUGGAAGGUGGCUGGUGA